AUGGUUUCGGACAGCCAGGGGGACGAGGGGAACCAUGAUAUGGGGGAAAAACGGCCAGAGACAAAGACCGACCGGAAACAAUCAGAUAAGCGCGGACAGUGGUCGGAAAAUCACGUGGCCCAUUGGCUGCAAUGGGCGGCCAAAGAGUUCUCUCUAGACUGCAUUCCGUUGAACCAGUUCAGGAUGAAAGGCAAAGACAUGUGCGGCAUGGGCAAAGAGGCCUUUUCCGCACGAGCGCCAGCGUUCGUCGGCGACAUCUUGUGGGAGCAUCUCGAAUUACUGCAGAAAGAUGUCGAGAAGGAACGAGCAUUGUGCAACUCGAUCGUGAACACGAAUUUGUACGAUCCGAUUUGCGUACCGGAAAUGACGUACAUCGACUAUUCGCAAGUGCCCGGAUCUAUGACCGGAGAAGACCGAAAACCGAUCAUCGUCCACUCCCCCGUACCCCAAAACGGAGCCAAUUCGCCGACGAACAACAAUUUCCUGCACGACGGUAAGUGA